UCAGUAGUUGCUCAUCGGCAUCUAAUAUUAAUUAUUGAAACAUUAUUAGUUAAUACUGUAUUUGGCGGUUUAAAUUAAACGGAGGCACUAUAUAGAGAAGGCGGAGGGAUCUUUGUUCUAAAAUCCCAGCCUGCUCUACCUUCUUUUUUUCCUUCGGUGGAGGCCAUGAUGGGAGCCUGAGAGUUCAGCUGGAGCGAGAGGAAGGAGAAAAGAAGAUGAUUCCCCGGGACGGAACUGUCAAACCAAUCUGUGCAGAUUUCUGAUCUUUGAGUAGUCUAUAUACAUUUAAGGUGGAGACUGUCACUUUUUUUCAGAUGUGUUCUUGGCAAUCAGUCGAUGACAAUGUUGAAUCGUUAGGAGGCUUUUGGAUCGAAGAAGGAGGUAUCGUUAGCCAUUGUUGCUAGCUAGCGAGCUAGCUAGCUAGUUAGCUAGCGAGCUAGCUGCGUCUGAGUGACUGGAUACGGGUUUCAGGAACCGGUGAGUUCUCUGUCCUCUUGCUGUCAAUCGUAGCGGCUGCGAUUGAGCCGCAGACUUGGACCUUGUCUGGCAUCUAAAGAUUUUUUUCUGAGGAGAACUGCAUGUAUUUUAAUCGGGGGUAUUCGCAAGACGAAUUGCAGGAUUGGGAAAGUCGGGCCUGCACGGAGGAGCAGAGGAAGGCCCGUCUUUAUGAUCCAGAGGAAGCCCUCCUAAUCCUACCGACGGCACUGCUAGCUCUGCUGGCUAGCUCGUCUUAGCGAGGACCUGCAAAAUUCAGAGAGAAGCCAGAGAGCAGACCCACUGACUGCGACGCGCACGACCAGACAGCCAAUACUAGAAAAACCUGUUUUCAUAAUUUUACCCCCUAAAGACUCCUGUCACCUGCUACAAUGGCUGCGAUUAUAAAAGAAAUGGUCAGCCGGAACAAAAGGAGAUAUCAAGAGGAUGGGUUCGACCUGGACUUAACAUAUAUCUACCCAAACAUCAUCGCUAUGGGCUUUCCAGCAGAGAGACUUGAAGGCGUGUACAGAAACAAUAUAGACGAUGUAGUACGGUUUUUGGAUUCGAAACAUAAAAACCAUUACAAAAUCUACAACCUCUGCGCAGAAAGACACUACGAUGCUGCCAAAUUUAACUGCAGAGUUGCACAGUACCCCUUCGAAGACCACAACCCUCCUCAGCUGGAGCUAAUUAAACCAUUUUGUGAAGACCUGGACCAGUGGCUCAGCGAGGAUGACAAUCACGUGGCGGCCAUCCAUUGUAAGGCUGGGAAGGGCCGCACUGGAGUCAUGAUCUGCGCCUAUCUCCUCCAUCGAGGCAAAUUCCUGGAGGCCCAGGAAGCGCUCGACUUUUACGGUGAAGUCAGGACAAGGGACAAGAAGGGAGUAACGAUCCCAAGCCAGCGCCGCUACGUCUACUACUACAGCUACCUACUGAAGAACCACCUAGAGUACAAGCCAGUGGCGCUGCUUUUCCACAAAAUGGUGUUCGAGACUCUCCCAAUGUUCAGCGGGAGCACCUGCAGGGACAGUACCGUUAAAAACAGGAGUGAGCCAACCCCUCAGGGCUUCAAGAAAGGGAAUUGGCAUUGGGAUCCCCAGUUUGUGGUGUACCAGCUAAAAGUGAAGAUCCACACGUCGAAUCCCGCUCACACGCGGCGCGAGGACAAGCACAUGUUUUUCGAAUUCCCCCAGCCGCUGCCAGUUUGUGGAGACAUCAAAGUGGAGUUCUUCCAUAAACAGAAUAAGAUGAUGAAGAAGGACAAAAUGUUUCACUUCUGGGUGAACACCUUCUUCAUCCCUGGACCAGAGGAGAGCGGGGACAAGAUGGAGAACGGGGCGGUGAACAAUGCAGAGAGCCAGCAGGGGGUACCGGGCCAGGGCCAACCGCAGAGCGCAGAGUGCAGGGACAGCUGCAGGGACAGCAGCAGGGAAAGCGACAGGGACUACCUCAUCCUGACGCUCACUAAGAAUGACUUGGACAAGGCCAACAAAGACAAAGCUAACCGCUACUUUUCGCCAAACUUCAAGGUGAAGUUGUAUUUUACAAAAACCGUGGAGGAGCCGAAUUCUGAGAUAGGCACGACAUCCGUCACCCCGGACGUUAGCGACAAUGAGCCAGACCAUUAUCGAUACUCUGACACCACUGACUCUGAUCCGGAAAAUGAACCUUUUGAUGAAGAGCAGCACACACAAAUCACAAAAGUGUGAACUCUUUUUAAACAGGAAAAAGAAGAAAUUAUACACCAGAAAAAAGGAGAAAACUUGAAUAUAAACUCAAAAGAAGAACCUUUGUCCCUUCCCUCGCCCAGACGGCAAUAGAAUAUCAUCAUGUCAAAUGCCAAUUUUAGGGAAAAAAAAGAUAAAUAUCCUGACCAAUAUAUUGUUUUUUUAUUUUUCUUUGGCACAGCCAUAUACCAUGUUCGAGGUAUUGACACUGUUGCUCCAUGGGAAAAGGUGCUGUAGCUAUAAAAAUGUGUGUACAUACAGAUGGGUGACAAAUGAAAGGAACAACCAACAUGAAGUGUCUUAGGAUGGAGUCAGGCCACCACGAGCCUCCAGCACAGCUUCAGUACUCCUUGCCAAGUCUGUGGAACUCUAUUGGAGGGAUGAACACCACAUUCCCUU